AGAUGUUCUGUCAAUUAUACACAACGUAUAUAUAAAGUUUAGAUAUAUCUCUAAAAUACAGAGAGAUACAGCUGUAGCAAAUGUAACAUCAAAAACAGCAAGUGUGACUGUAGAAGUUGAUGCUACUUAUGAACGUGAGAAGAGAACUUGAAGAAACGAGAGGACAUCUCCGUAGCCGCUCUUCGAACGACUCAUAUGUACAUCGGAUAUGUGAUCGGAAAGAUAUUUCCCUGAGGAAUUGUCAUCUUGACUACUGAAUGCUUACAUAGUCAUUACGCCGUUUUAUAGUCCCGGCCAAGAUACAACGGAUUGCGCCGCUCGUAACGUCGGGACAAGAAGAGGUUUUCGAAACGACGAGGAUCGUCUGGUCAAGCUCGCCUGGUGGGGACGAAGACGAGGAGGACGAAAAGGUAAACGAUAAUACUAUCGCCGUAUGAACCGGUAUGCACAACCGCGACGUCGACGACAGGACGAACAGGUGGGGUUCGUCCACCCCACCUGUGGAGGACCCAGGCAGUGUCUUGUCUACCUGAUGAGGAUGAUGCCCCGCUCUGGUGGGAGAAAUUUAGGUUACUCGUACCACUAGGGAAUGUGGGCCGACUAUAUACCGGCUCAUCGCGACCGUCCGCCAGUUCAUUCCUUUCCCGUAUUUCCGAUUCAUCGGAUCAUCCUGAGCUACGGCACUCUCUCGACCCCUGGUUCCUCUUAUCGUCGUCGACCAGACUCAUCGUAGCUCACGGACCACCCUAGGUAAGUCCGAGCAGGGGAAGAAAAGGAAGAGGAUUAUCUUCGAAGUUUCUCCUCGAGCAUCCUCAAGGACCGCUGCUUCUUCAGUCCAGGAGUAUGAGGGCCAUCUGCUUGCUCCUCGUCGGCAUCGUCGCCGUGAAUGCCCAGCGUCGUUUAGCCUUGCCCGAUCCGCGAAGCUGCGCGAAUCGCGUCCGUCAUUCGUCAUACAGAGAUGGCAGAGGGGUCAGUCACUCGUACUUCUUCAGCUGGGAACAUCAGCCGACCAGAAAUCUCGAGGUGGAUUGGUUGGAUGCUCGCAACAUCUGUCGUCGUCAUUGCAUGGACGCCGUGUCCCUAGAGACCCCUCAGGAAAACGAAUUCAUCAAGCAGAGAUUAGCGAGAGGAAACGUGAGAUACAUUUGGACGUCCGGCCGGAAGUGCAACUUCAACGGCUGCGACCGACCUGAUCUUCAGCCUCAGAACGUUAACGGAUGGUUCUGGUCCGGAUCUGGUGCCAAGAUCGGAUCGACAACUCAACGUAAUUCCGGAGAUUGGAGCAACACCGGAGGAUACGGUCAACCGCAACCGGACAAUCGCGAAGCUGCACAGGGUAACGACGAGUCUUGCCUGUCCAUUCUGAACAACUUUUACAACGACGGCAUCAAGUGGCACGACGUGGCGUGUCACCAUGUCAAGCCCUUCGUGUGCGAGGACAGCGACGAACUCCUCAACUUCGUCGCGUCCCGAAAUCCAGGUAUCCGUUUGUGAGAAGCAAAACAGAGACAAACCCUGGCAAGCAAGCUAUUACAUCGUUGUACACGCAAAGACAGAAUUUUGCGAGGACAGAUACCAGGACAAACGCGACGAUAUUUCAGGCGCACCGUGUAUUCUUUUUCUCUCUUUCUCUUUCUCCUCUCUCUCUUUUUCUCUUUCGUCGUACCUUUAUUUAUAAUUACACUAACAAAUAUUUUCUUUAAUACGAAUCGCGAUUUUGUAGUAGUGCCCGCGCAAUUCAUUUAUUGUAAGCGAAAACGAUUGGUAGGUCAAUAAAGUAGAUGGUAAAUGCAUUUUUUUUAGUAUUAUACACAUGUAAUUCUUGUAAUUUUUUGUAUUCAUUUCGUACGAGAAUAAAUGCAUUUUCCCAUUUGUA